CCUUUCUUUUUCCUUGUCCUACUCGCUUGGUCUCUUCUCUCCCUCUCUCUCUUUUCCUUUUCUUCUUCUUCUUCAUCUUCUUCAUUUCAUUUCAUGAUAUGGGCUAUUACCUUUUCUUUACCUGGAAAUGUUGAAGAAACCCAAAAGCAAAAACCUUUAGCCUAUGGAUCAGAUGUGCUUAAAUGGAUCGAGUGGAGAACUGGGGUCAUCAUACUGCUAGCUGUUUCUGUCUCUCUUAGUACUUUAAUCAUAUAAUAUGACAACUUGUGUGUGUAUGGGAUUGGGGGGUACUUGAGAGAAUGAGUUCAGGGACUGAUAUGAUCAUGGAGAUUACUACUUCUACUACUACUACUACAACCACUACUCAUGAGGAUCCUAAUACUAUUACGAAUGCUGCUGAUGCUGCUGAUUCUUUAGAGACGAAUCAUACCCAAAUCAAUACCGGAAAGCCUCCCAGAAACCUCUCCCUUAUGCGCCAUUGCACCAGCUCUGCUUUUUUGCCUGAUUCUGAUUAUGAUGUGGCUAGCUUUGGCUUCAAAUCACCAUCCGACGAGAAAUCAAAGUUUCAACCUAUAUUCCGUUCCGGUUGCUGUUCUGAGAAAGGUCCAAAACAGUACAUGGAGGAUGAGUAUAUCUGUGUAGACAACCUCUCUCAACAUCUUGGUGCACCCCCUUCGUUCCCUUCUCCAGGGGCAUUUUAUGGGGUAUUUGAUGGACAUGGAGGUAUAGAUGCAGCCUCAUUCACCAGAAAGAACAUCCUUAAAUUCAUAGCCGAGGAUUCCCAGUUCCCAAGUGGCCUCAAAAAGUCAGUGAAGAAUGCUUUUGUGAAAGUGGAUCAUGCACUUGCAGAUUCCAGCUCUCUUGAUACUUCCUCUGGUACCACUGCCUUAACAGCCCUUAUUUUGGGCAGGACCAUGCUGAUAGCAAAUGCAGGGGACUGUCGAGCAGUGUUGGGCAAAAGAGGAAGAGCAAUAGAGCUGUCAAAAGAUCACAAGCCCAACCGCACCUCCGAAAGACUCAGAAUUGAAAAGCUGGGAGGAAUCAUCUACGAUGGCUACUUGAAUGGGCAGCUCUCAGUGGCCCGCGCCCUUGGGGAUUGGCACAUCAAAGGCUCUAAAGGGUCGUUGUGCCCUUUGAGCUCAGAGCCGGAAUUGGAGGAGUUGUUGCUGACAGAAGAAGAUGAGUACUUGAUAAUGGGAUGUGAUGGGUUGUGGGAUGUGAUGAGUAGCCAGUGUGCUGUUACAAUGGUGAGAAAGGAGCUGAUGCAGCAUAAUGACCCCGAGAGAUGUUCGAGAGCGCUUGUCAAGGAGGCGCUGCAGCGCAACAGUUGUGACAAUCUUACAGUGGUUGUGGUGUGUUUCUGCCCUGAUCCACCACCCAAGAUUGAAAUUCCUAGGUCUCACAGGAGGAGGAGUAUAUCAGCCGAAGGCCUGGAUCUUCUCAAGGGUUGCUUGAACAGUGGAGUGUGAGACUAUAUCUACUAUGGAAACGCAUGCAGCAUGACAUUUUUACAUACAUUUGGUGUACACGAUGAGGCUUUGAUCUGCUAGUAGGACUUCUAUUCUCUCUCUUUUCUCUUUUGUUGUGUCUAUUGCUUAUAAUAACUGUUUGUAAUCAUACAUCUAAAACAAAAGGCAAUCUAAAUUUUGUUCUUAGAGUAAUAGUUAUGAGGGGUGCACAUUUGUCGGA